AUGGCACCCGUCAGCCUGCGCCCGGGGCUGGAUCAUGAUGUCUACCAACUCAUCAAGAUCCUCGAAGAGAAAUCGAAUGACAGGAAGCCCUUCAGAUCGAUCAGCCACGCCUACGAGGCCGUCAAACGGUCCAAUUCUUCGCUGAGCCGCAAGAAGAAGCAGGUCCUGAACGAUUCAAUUGACCGCGCGCUACAGGUCAGGAAGCAAGAGCUACGGGACGAUUCUUCGGACUCGGAAGCCGCCCUAGAGGAAGCCGACGAAGAGAUCAGCAAGCUCGAGGAUCAACGAUUUCAACUCAAUCGCCAGAUGACCAAGCUUUGGAAUACGAAUACAAGCUCGAGCGCCUCGCAUGCGUCGAAGAAGCGCCGGAUCCAGGCCGAGGACGGGGACCAAAAGGCUUCACAGAGUGCCGGGGAAAAUGGAGAGGCGCCUGCCCCCCGCCCCAACGGGGCCGUGAACGAUGAGAGCGUGUCGGAGCCGACGCACAAGACGCCCUCUCAGAAGAAGACGCCAAGACCUACCCGCUACAAGGUAGAGCAUGUAUCAGAGCCAGUUCGGUUGGGAGGCCUUGACCAGAUUCGAGAUGGGUUACUGCUUCAGCUGGAGGCGAUUUUGAAGGGCGAGCAUAUCUGGGGACCUAGAGAAUGGGAGCAGAUUCCUGGAAUACUUAUCUCAGGGCCAACAGGCGUGGGGAAGACAUCCCUCGUGCGGUCGAUAGCUUCGCAGCUCGAGGUACCAAUUAUAUCCGCGGCCGAAUGCUUCGAAAACCAGGAGCGGAUGGAAAAGAGCUUUACAGAGGCCGUGGACGAGGCCCUGCGGUUGGCUCCGUGCAUAAUGCUCGUCGACGACCUCGAUCACUAUGCCUCAAAGGAAGGCAGCGCGAAACACGGUGACAGCCACAUGCAAAUGGUCAAGCUUUUCCAGCGGCAGGUGGAGAGGAUGCGCAAAGAGUCUACCAGCGACCGCCCCGUGGUGCUUAUGGCGACGACGUCAAACAUCACCGAUCUACAUUCAGAGAUGACCAAGUGCGGCUGGUUCGAACUAACCAUCUCAAUCAAGGUCCCCGAUGCCGCAACGCGCAGGGAGAUAUUCAACGCAGUGUUACCGAGGUCAGAUACCCUCCAAGAUAUUGACGUUGAGAAGCUGGUAAAAUACACAAAUGGUUACGUGGGUAGCGAUAUCAAGGCACUUAUUCGAGGCGCUGAACUGCGAACCGCUACCAGAAUCAUUCGGAUCAAGGAUGAGAACGGCUUGUCCGACGGGGAUGUGGCCAUGGAUGACAACGAAGGAGCUGGCUCUCGCGUCACAAUGAAGGAUUUCCUUGUCACAAUCGAAGAAUUCACACCUUCGCUCCGAAAAGAGGGAUUCACCGCCAUCCCCAACGUCAGCUGGGACCAAGUAGGCGCCCUCAAACAGGCACGCAAGCAACUCACCACAUCAAUCAUCGGACCCAUCAAAGACCCUGAAAAGUAUCUGAACUGGGGUAUCAAGAAGCCGUCUGGCGUGAUUCUAUGGGGACCGCCAGGUUGCGGAAAGACGCUCAUCGCUCAGGCCGUCGCCAACGAAGCUCAGGCCAGCUUCAUCCUCAUCAGCGGGCCGGAGCUCCUCAACAAGUACGUCGGCGAGUCCGAGCGAGCGGUAAGAGAGCUCUUCGAGCGUGCGCGCCUGUCAGCCCCGUGCAUCCUCUUCUUCGAUGAGAUUGACUCGCUGGUGAGCCGCAGAGAAGGCUCCUCCUCCGAGUCGGGCGUCCGGGUGGUCAACGCCCUCCUGACCGAGCUGGACGGCGCCCGCGGCCGAAAGGGCGUGUACGUCAUUGGCACCACCAACCGCCUCGACAUGAUUGACGAGGCGAUGCUUCGCCCCGGACGUCUCAACAAGCACAUCUACGUCGGUCUUCCAGACGCAGACGAGCGGGUGGAUAUUCUCGAGACGAUCGUGAGGUCCAGCCGGCCAAACACCUCACAGGCCGAGCUAGAUUACCUAGCAAAGGUGGCGCGGGAUGUCCGAUCAUCCAGGUUCAGCGGUGCGGAUUUACACGCGUUAUUCGUCGAGGCGGCCGAGCAUGGAUUGAGCCGUUCCUAUGAUGAUAAUGUGCAAGGGUUUACCGAGGAGGACUGGGAGUAUGCACUCAAUAACACAAAACCAAGCGUGCAAAACCCACAAUAA